CUCCCUAUAUCAGCUGUCAAAUGGAUCCUCCUUCCGGCUGGUGUCAUACAGUGUAAAUAUUGACGACAUGACUCUUGACGAUUCUGGCCAGCAGUCCUUUUUCAGUAAAUGUGUCCUCCAGCGAGCGAGAACUCUUGCCAAAAUCAAGCCCACGCCCCCUGAAGAGGUAGAAAAGUUAAUUGCACUGUGUCCAGGAGAAAGCCAUGGCGGAGGGUUUCGUGUUGACCAAAGAGGACAGGAUGCUGUGGUGGCUCUUGGAGUAUAUCUCCUGGAGUCUGGCCAGCAGCAUCAGGCCACCAUCCUUCAGUAUCUUCUUAGAUUACUACGAGCCCUGCCUAAGGCAGUGUGGCUGGAUGAGAAGAGAAUUACUCCAGCAGACCGUAUGCCUGUAGCUGAACGAUUCACAUUUGUGGUGACAACUUUACUGACUGAUGUUGCUGCCAACUGUGAAAGUGUGCGGGAAGAGGUGCUCAACACACAAGUGGAGGUACUGUCAGCUCUUACCAAUGUGAUUACCAGAGCUGCCAGGGAAGACAGCCUUCUUUCAGCUAAUGGCAAAAUUGCAUUGUGUCGCGGUCCAGUAUCUGUGCUGCUGGGCCUCUCUCGUGCUCUUGGACGCUCUACAUCAGGGGAGCCUCUGUUUCUAAGAAUAUUUCCAAAGCCCAUUAUUCCCAUACCUGUUGCAGCAGAGCCACCACAGAUGACCAAGAAGAAAAGCUUCAGCACUUACCGACCCAUCAUACCUCGAUCUCUCUCCUCCACCCUUCCUUCUUGUCCUGAUGCUGUGUCCCUUGUUAGCGUGGACAGUGAUAGAGAUGCUGGCUUACGAACACUAGGUGGUCCAGGAAAAAGGCAUUCGCUCAUGUCCCAGCAGUCAGUUCCCCAUGAUCCAAAGGUGUACUUUUUCCAAAAAUAUGGCUCCAGCUUUGGGGCAAACUUUCCCCAGUUAACCCAAUAUGAUCACACCUUGGUGUUUCCUGUUCAACAUUUACAGACUGUUCUUGCCAAUGCAAAGAAGUUGCUGGCAAAAGAAGUUUUGGCAAUCCUUGAUGGUGUGGCAACAGAAGUGUUUGCUUCUCGUCAAGUGAAAAUGUUUCCUUAUUGCACCAUGCGGGAAACCUUGAAUUUGGUGAUGGUCACAUUGCUAAGAGAGCUCUUAGCAUACCAAAAUGAUCUACCUGUCCCAUUCACAAAAGAUGUGCAGGAUUUUGUGAAAGGUCUCUUCCUGUCUGGUCAAACUGAAUUAGCAGUACAGCAGAAUGAAAGUGGAGUAAAGACUGAUACCAACAAGAAGGCACCAUCAAUAAAUCCUUACAGAAUCAAUGUUCAAGCAAAUGCUGCAUGCAUUGAUCUCUUGGUAUGGGCUAGUGCUGAUGAAUCUGAGGCAGAGAGUUUAUGCAGCAGAUUGACAGAGAAGGCAAAUGUUCAUCAUGGUCAUCGGUUAGCUCUCGCUCACAUGCCUCUCCUGCUGGUCUGUUUGGAGGGGCUAGGUAAACUGGCAAGCAAAUUUCCAAAUAUUGCUGGGACAUGCAUCAACUACCUCCAAGACUUCCUUGUUAGUCCAUCACCCAUCCUUCUAAAGUUGUACCGCCAACAGUCAGAUCUUCUCACCCCUCAUCAAGGCAAUUUGACUGUUAAAGUUACAGGAGAUUCCAGCAAUCGACCAGCUUCAGCUUCAGCAACAGCAUUUGAAAAGCUGCGGGACACUGCAAUUGAAAAUCUUUGUGUUGCACUGAAGGCUGGCCUUACAGUUGAUGCCAACACUGUAAUGGCUUUUAUCUCUUCCAUCUCCAGUAGAGAGAAAGCUGGAUGUGACCGCUUGCCUGAAAGUGAUACUAUUGUGAUAUCCAACAAUGUGGUUGUUGCAUUGGGUCAUGUAGCUGUGGCCUUGAAGGACUCUCCUCGUACCACAGAAACUAUCUUGCACCAGUGUCUGCUGCAACGCUUUUGUCGACCUCCCUCAUCUCUGGAUACCCUUAUUGUGGACCAGAUGGGUUGUAUGCUUCUUGCCAAAAAUGAGCCCAAGGUGUAUGAUGAGAUAAUGGAACAGUUCAGCAAAAUCAUCAUAGAAGCCAGCAGUGGAACAUAUGGCAUGGGUGCAGCACAAGACCAGCGAAUGAAGCAGUAUAGACAUGUAGCCACAGCAGUACACAAUGCUUUGGCAAACAUUGCUGCCAACAUUCAGGGUGAAGCUGAAAUGGACAAACUUCUCAUGCGUCUCCUAGAAUUGUUCGUCAAACUUGGAUUGGCUGCGAAACAAAAUUCUGAAAAACACCCUGCAGUACUGAAGGCUUCCAGCAGUGCCGGUAACCUGGGAGUGUUGAUUCCUGUUAUUGCCAUGCUGGUGCGCCGUCUCCCUCCUAUCAAAGAACCAAAGCUACGCAUGCUCAAACUCUACAGAGAUUUUUGGCUUUUCUCAAUUGUUAUGGGAUUUACUCAGCAUGAAUCUGGAUUAUGGCCCCCUGAAUGGCAUCUUGCUGUGUGUGACAUAGCAGUCACAUCACCUCUGCUGCUUUCCCAGACAAAACAUCGCUCAGAGAUGAAGGAACUGAAGUACACAUAUGCUGUACGGGAUGACUCUGUGUCUGUUAGUGAGCUAAAUGAAUUGAGACAACAGAUACUUAGUUUGUUGGAGCAUCCUGCUGACCUAACUCAAGUUGUUAACAAGCUGACUUUUGCACAGUGCAUUUUUGUUUUAUCUGUGUAUCGUGUGGAAGCUUUAAGAGUAAGAGGUUCCCCUGAGCCCAACUUCCAGCCAAUGUUUGAAUACUUGUUGGAUCCUGCUAUUCAGAAUGACAAGUAUGAUAUGUGGAUGUGUAUUAACAAAGUGAGUGAAAGAGUAUUCAACAUUUUUCUAGAGCAAGUAAGUCAGCGCUCUAGAGAUGAACAUAGAGAAAAGCUUUUGGUUCUGCAUGCUCAGUUUCUCUUGACCCAUUUCAACCACACUCAAGUGCAGAUUCGACGUGUGGCUGACAGACUGCUCUCCAAGCUUGUUGAUAGGUUUCCUUUACUGCUGUGGAAUGGAAAUGUUCUUCGAACCCUCCUGGAUAUCUUACAAGUACUGGGUUACUCACUACAGCUAGACCCCAAUGAUGCCAAUCCAACCAUUCCCAUCCCAGACACUCCCUUCAGUAUAACCCUCAUGGAUACAUUGGAGGCCAGGGAGCGAACAGUGAGUGAUUUUGCAGCCAGAUGUCAAGGAAUCCUGCAAGAAGCUAUGAAGUGGGCCCCUGAGGCAACACGUUCCCAUUUGCAGAACUACCAAACUCACCUUGAUCAAACCAAUCUGUCAUCUCAUUCUGGACUGGCUUUAGCUACAGAAUCAGUUCUUCAGUAUGCAGGACUCAAGUCCAUUGCUACUGGAAGUUUUACCUCUACUUUUGACAAGCGCCACACAGGGAUGAGUGACCUUACAUCGUCAUUCAUAAAGAACUUGAGUCUUCGCACUCACUACCAAGGAGAAAUCUCAGGACUGUUGCUCAUGGCCUCAGAUGAUACACAGAGAGAGAGACUCAUUGCUAAGGUGCUGAGUGAUAUCACAGCAGCUUGUGAGAAGAAAAGUGAGUUAGAAUUCAGACAAGGAUUGUGGAGAGCUACUGGGCUCCUCAUUGCUGACAAAGGUAUUCCUCGGAUGUUGCUUCGAUGUGUUUGUGCUUCCUCUUUGAACCUCUUCACAGAAGAUACUAUGGAAAACAGCACAGCUUGCUGGCAUUGGAUCCUGUCAGCACGUCAUGAUCUUACACUUCCUUUUAUGCAGGAAAUGAUAGCUGCUUGGCAGGAGAGUGUGGAUCGUCGUUUAGGAUUAUUCUCAAGACCCCCACAAGACGUUAACCCUCUGGCAGCAUAUGAAGGCUGUGACCUUGAAUCACAUGUACCUCAAGUUGGUCCUCAUGACAUUUGGAUCAGAUUCAUCAGUGAGCGUAUCGAGAUUGCCAAGUAUGACAGUGAUGCUCAGGUAGCCAUGUUUGCCUGCAUGUUUCACCGAACACUUCACAUGACCGUGGGAAAUCCGGAUGCCAAGAUUAGCAGACACAUUGGUGCAGUUGGCACUCGGUUCCGUCUUCUGUCAUGUGCCCUCACCCUGAUCCAAGGUGAUGCACUUCCUAAGUCACUGAGCAAGAAUGUUUUGAGGGAGCGCAUAUAUGGUGCAUGCCUGGACUACUUCUGUGCUCCAAGAGGAUGUCCUACACAGCGCACAGCCCGCCUGCAGGAAGAUUUCAAUGCCCUUCUUAACUUUUGGAAUUCUCUUCAUGCCGACAGAAAGUAUCUCAAAGCAAGUGACAUUGGAGAUUUUACAUCCUUACAAUAUGGUGGAGGCGCCUCAUUGUCACCUUCUGUUGCAUCUGACCUAAGAUCUACCUCAGGUGAAUUUACCAUGACUAAUGGCUGGAUCAACACUGUUCCCCUCUCAUCAAACACUUCAACCCUCUCCAAAAAGUCAUCACGCAGCAAACGGCUCAUCAAUCCAGAUAUUUAUGUUAAGGAUUAUUUGAAAAAACGGGCCCUUAUUUUGUCCCUGUUGGCUAUUGAAAUACGAACCCUAAAAGUUUGGCUUCAGCCACCUCAGACAGCCGGACAGGGUGCAGAGGUGACAACUCCACAGGAAGAAGCUCUUGUUAAAUGGCUUUCAGUUAGUUUCAACACUCCCAAAUCAUGGAGUGGCAAUACUAAUUUAGCUUGGAGCAUUUCACCGGCUCUGGCUGUAUAUUUACCAUCAAGAAUCCACAAUGUGCAAGGACUGGAGGGUGAGAUCUGCCAGCUUGUUCGUGACAGUCCGAUUGCCGUCAGCCAUAUUCCUGAUGCCCUUCAGUAUUUAGCAACUUCAGAAAAUAUUUACUCUGAUAUUCCAGAGUUGAAUUACAUGCUGACCUGGGCAGCAGUGCCACCAGUGAAGGCACUUGCGUUCUUUUCCCGCCAAUACUCUCCACAUCCUCUGACUGCCCAGUAUGCUGUGAGAGUUCUUACAAACUAUCCUCCAGAUGUACUUAUGUUUUACAUUCCACAACUCACCCAAGCUCUUCGUUAUGACACGAUGGGUUAUGUCACUGAGUUAAUCAAGACAGCUGGCAAGAAAUCACAGCUGCUACUUCAUCAGUUGAUAUGGAACAUGGAAACCAACAAGUUCAGAGAUGAAGAAGGUCAUGAAAAAGAUGCUGAUUUGUUUGAUGGAAUUGAGAAUCUUGAAAAGACAAUGCUUGCUAACUUAUCAGGCCCAGCCAAGCAGUUCUACGAGAGAGAGUUUGACUUCUUUGGGAAAGUAACAAAUAUAUCUGCUAUUAUCAAACCAUAUCCCAAAGGGCCAGAGAGAAAGAAAGCAUGCUUGGACGCCCUUCGUGAUCUUUUACUCCAGCCUGGCUGUUACUUGCCAUCCAAUCCAGAUUCUGUCAUUCUGGAUAUUGAUCGCAACAGUGGCACUCCCAUGCAGAGUGCUGCAAAGGCUCCAUAUCUGGCCCGAUUCAAAGUGCGGAAGUGUGGCAUCAUGGAAUUAGAAAAGCAGGGAAUGGCUGUGAGCUCAGGCCAGUGUGUGAGCACUAACAUAGGUCCUGUAAUAUGGCAAGCAGCUAUAUUCAAGGUUGGGGAUGAUGUGCGGCAAGAUAUGUUGGCCCUGCAAGUCAUCUCUCUUUUCAAGAACAUUUUCCAGACAGUAGGCCUGGAUCUUUUCCUAUAUCCAUACUGUGUGGUUGCUACCUCUCCAGGGUGUGGUGUCAUAGAGUGUGUUCCCAAUGCCAAGUCUCGAGACCAGAUUGGGCGAGGGACAGACACAGGAAUGUGCCAGUACUUCCUUGAUUUGUAUGGAGAUGAAAAUUCACCAAAGUUCCAACAAGCUCGCUCCAAUUUUGUGAAGUCCAUGGCAGCAUACUCUAUUGUGGGAUUCCUGUUGCAGAUUAAAGAUAGACACAAUGGAAACAUCAUGCUGGAUACUGAUGGUCACAUAAUUCAUAUAGAUUUUGGGUUUAUGUUUGAAAGUUCUCCUGGAGGAAACUUAGGCUUUGAACCUGACAUUAAGUUAACAGAAGAGAUGCUGAUGGUGAUGGGUGGAAAAGUAGAAGCUGCCCCAUUCAGGUGGUUUGUGGAGCUGUGCAUAAAGGGUUACUUAGCUGUGAGGCCAUACCGAGAAGCAAUUGUUUCUCUUGUAUCCCUGAUGCUGGAUACUGGUCUGCCAUGCUUCCGAGGGCAGACUAUCAGGCAGCUGCGCUCUCGAUUUACUCCUCAGUCCACUGAGAAGGAGGCUGCGCAGUAUAUGCUCAACAUCAUCCAACAUUCACAUCUUAACUGGCGCACCAAAGCAUAUGACCGCCUCCAAUACCAUACCAACCAGAUUCCAUAUUAAGACAACCUUUACUACGAAGUGAAGCAUAAAAUUCCUUAUAUUUUGUUACUGAUUAGUGCGGGAGUGUUACAACUUCUUUUCAUGAGUCAGAGUUUUGUGUGAACACAGGGAAUAAUGUUCUUUGAAAAUAUUCAUUGGCUACCUCUAAACAUUAGCAUUUAAUGCUUAUUUUGUGUAUGCUCAUUCUUAUAAUUUCUAUGUCAUAAGAAAAGAGAAGUUUCAUAAUUGUGUGAAGCUCACAUUUUUUCAUGCACAGCAAAAUAUUGUUUGAAAUGCGUAUUCAUAUAUUACGUUGUAUUAACAAUUAAUCAUGUUCUAUGAUAUAUUUUGAACAAUAGGUUUGAUUGGGGAGUAUCAGCUAUGCAUACUGGCAUGCAUUAUUGAAAAUAAAAAUAAAGUAAUAAGAAGGUAGUUAUGGGAACUUCAAAGUUUUGAAAAAUAGUUUAUUUUUGACAUCUUACAAAACACUUUUUUGCUGACAAAUUUUUUUGAAAAAUUUUUAUAUUUACAUGUGUGAGUGCUAAAGGUUCUUUGUAUCUUAUUGAAGUUAUAUGCUUGAAAUUUUAUAGUAAAGAUUUGUUAAUAGGUUAUUAUGAGUGUUGUAUAAUUUUCAUAUAUUUUAUGAAAAGCCAAUACCAAAAGAUUAUUAUAGUCUAGAUAAAUAUAUCGUGUUCUAAUUUUACUGAAUAUUAGUACCUUUAGGCAAGUGUGUAUUCAAAAGUUCAGGAAGCUUGAUUAUAAUGUUAUAUGUAUUUGUAGUUUUCAAGAUAUAUGUAUAAAUCCAUAGGUUUGUGUCCCUUCUCCUAACAAAGUUAAUAUUUAUAGAGAUAUAUAAGAAUGCCUGUGUUAUUCAUAUCACAACAUGUUUGUUAGAAUUUCAGUAUAUGUAUUAAAGUAAGAUUUUAAAGGAGUAACAUGAAAUUGAGGGACAGAGGACUAUGUUAAUCUUAUUAUUCAUUUUGAGGCAAGUUUUUGAAUAUGUUGCUCUAAUUUAAAAGUUCUUAAUGUUUUUUUUAGAAUAUUGUCUCCAGAUCACUGCCAUUCAUUUGUUGUCUUAUGGAUGGUGAUGGAUACUUACCAUCUGUAGUGACAAAAAUGCAUGGCAGGUAUUUUUGUGGAUUAUUUAUUUAUUUAUUUAUUAUUGUUUUAUUUAUUUAUUAUUAUUAUUUUUUUUUAGAUAUUCCUAUGAAAUUCAGUUAUAUUAUAUGAGAUUAUUUAAUGCAAUAUGUAUUAAGAUUUUGUAAUAAUCACAUUUUGAUAGCAUGUGUAUUUUGUCGGUGCAGAAUUUUGAUGUUUCAUUUAAUUCCUUGCAGGAAAUCUCUUGAUUUAUAUGCAUUUGCUGUUAUCUACAAGCUAAGGGAGAACUGGUACUAAUUUUCAUAUGUUUGAGACCAGUUUGAUAUAAAGAUACCUGGUACCUCAUAUACUUCUACUAUAUGUAAAGGCCAUAGCUGGGUACAAUAGUAAAGAAAAUCACAACUGAUAAAUUGAUAAUGAUAAUCUUAUUGGUGAUACAGAAAUUGAAAAUUGUUAACAGGUAAUCAACUUGUCAUUUGAUAACUGAUAACUGAUAAAUUCAUAAGUACCAAAUUUUUAUACCAGUGAUAGUGAUAUGGAUAUUUUAGAUUUUAGAAAAUGAUAAAUCCAAAUCUUUAUUUUUGUUUUUAUCUUAGAAAUCUUCAAAAAACUUUUAAUUCAAUAUUUUAUCCUGUCUCUUCACUAGUUUCACCAUUUUAAGUAAAAUCAAUAUACAUAUUUGGUUUUGAAAGUUCAAAAUGCCCACCUAUGGUAAAGAUAUGUGGAAAGUUAAAAGAAAAAAAAAUAUUGCUCAUGUAUUAAAAGAAUUGAAAAUCACUGUUCAUCUAGUAGUUAAGGUAAUUUUAUAUUGUACAUGAUUUAUUGAAAUGUAUAAAUGUUGUCUGUAUAUACUUGAUUUCUCAGUUUAGUCAUUGAUUUAGUAUUAUUGGUUUUAAUAUAUGUUCCUAUAGUAAAUAACCAUAUAUGUACAUUGUAGUGUUAAUUAUAAUACUUUCAAGUUGACUUUAUUGUGAAGUAUAGUCACCUUACAAGGUUAUUUCAAAACAACACUGUUAUUCAAGUUCUGCUUAUUGCUGUGUAGGAACCAUGGAAAGAAUUGUUAGGUGCCAUACCACAAGACAUUAAGGGUUGGAAAAUGUCUCUAAAAUUACUUGUUGCCUAUUGUGAUAGCAAUAAGUUAAAGAAAAUAAAUAAUUGUUCUAUACAGUCACAAGAUUUGUUAUUAUAUUAGCAAAGCAACACGCAACAAGUGAAAUGUGGUAUUUGAAUUGAGGAAAAUCUUUAGAGUUUUGGUUACUUCAAUUGUGAAUCAAACUGAUACCAUUUCACCCACAAAUCUGACUAAAUUCUUGUUCCUAAGAACUCUUCUAAGGAUAUGGUGAUUACUUUUUUUUCUUUUUUCAUCUUUUCUUUACAUGUCUUAUUCCUUUCAUUCCCUUCUCACCCCUCUCUCACUUACUUUAGUUCUCUGUUCUCCCUUCUUAUUAGUAGUCUUACCCUGGUACCAACAAUUUUUGUUUUACUCACAGUCACUUUUCUAAUUAUUUUGUGUUAUUCUUUCUGUGUUGCUAGACCACCUCAAGGUGCUGUUUGUGUGGCUCUGUCAACCAUUCCAUAUUUUAUCUUAUAAGUCACCAAUCAUUAUUCUUACAUUAGGAGCAAUUCUCAAGUCAAUAAUUUCUCCUGUUUGAUUCCUUUGUUAUUUCUUGUCUUUUAUUUUACUUCCUCUUGGUCAGAUAUUUUCUACCACCAUUUGUCAUUCUCAUACAUAUCAUGCUUAUCUCAUCUUUACUUCUUACAUAACUUCACUUUUUUCUCUAACAUUCCACCAUUAAUGUCUUUUCUUUUCUUCCUUUUUGCAAUACCUUUUAUUCUGAUCGAUUAAGCUGAUUUUUACAAUCUUCUUGAACCUCUUACAUUUCCACUUCUUUCUUCAAGAACACAGUCAUGUUUAAAAUUAGAUUCAGUUUAAGAAAACAUCUUGGGAUUAAGUAAUCCUUAAAAGAACACAUAGGAUGUGUUGAUGAUUUAUCCAUCUGUAAUUAUGAUUCUUAAAUCAUUUAUAUUGAUUAUGUUAUAGUCAUAUGCAUUGUGAAAGAUUGUGCAUACUAUUAACAUAUAAUGUAACCUGUAAAAUGGUGAUCAGAUGAAAGGUUCAAUCCACAGCAGAGGAAGUGCUUUAAGUUAUUUUUCCCUAUUGUGUGGACAUUAUUGUAAAAAUAUUUGCAAGUUUUGUUGUCUCAUAACAUGUAGAAUUUCCCAUGGCUUCCAUACAUGAAGACUUAUACCUAUUUAGACAUUUUAGGUAAGAGAAUUAGCAUUGUGUAGAGAAAUGUAGUCAAUAUUAUUUUUUUUGAGGACCAUGUAUAAUAGGCAUUUAUUUUCACAGAGUAUUUAGUAUAUGUUAUAAACCUUAGAGUUAGGUAGGUUAGUCGAUUGAAAAUUUUCAUCUCCACGUUAUACAAUGAAGUAAAUUAAAAUAUGU